CAUUUUUUUUCAAUUUAGUAAAGAUGAUGUUCGGUGCUCGUCGACGGAAUUCAUUGCGUGGGGACUACAGAGAGGCCCGCCGUUUUCGCAACCGACGUGAGUACAGUGCCUGGUGGGAUGCGGGUGAGGUGAACAACUGGCGGAUCAAUUCACGCCAUCCAAGUCGUCAUGGCACGGUCGAGUACUGGAGAUGCGCGUUCGCAGUGGGACGCUUCUUCACUUGUCCGAGUCGCAUCCGCGUCACUUUUGGCUUCGGUGACCGCUAUGUGAUUGUUGCCAGCGCCAGGAAUCAUCCACACAACCACAAUCGGCAAAACAAUAAUGCUGCUGACAACAACCCAAAUACUGUGCGCCGCGUUCUUCCUAUGGAGGCAUCACAACUGAUGACUGCUCGGAACGUUUUUAUUGGCCCGAGACCGAGUACUUCCGCUCCGAAUCAAACAUCAAGAAAGAGUCAAGCAACGCCACCUAGAGCAUCGGUCUCGACAAUGUCAGCGAACGCGAACGCUGCUACGCCAACGACUUCCAACGCUUCGGCAGUUCAGAGAGGAACGGAUGCCCCAUCAACAUCGGCUGCUGCUUCUCGUCCACUGAAACCGCCAGGAUUUGCGCUUGCUGCCAGCGCAGCUGCAACCAAUCCAGCUCCAGCGGCUACUUCACAAGCUUCUGCAUCGACUCCGGGAACGCCUGUGCCUUCUCCAGCGUCCAGUUCUACUUCCGCUGCUGCUUCAAAGCCAACGCCCAGCCCUGCUCCAGCUGCUGCUACCAAGCCUGCUUCAACGCCAAGCUCUGCUCCAGCUGCUGCUACCAAGCCUGCUUCAACGCCAAGCUCUGCUCCAGCUGCUGCUACCAAGCCUGCUUCAACGCCCAGCCCUGCUCCAGCUGCCAGUCAACAGGCUUCUACCAAUGAAAAACCUGCGCAACCUUCAGCGGCUCCCGGAACAACUGCUACAAAGCCUACUAUAGUGGCCGGUCACACAGUUCCUGGACAAGUACCUCCAUCUUCUGCCACAAGUAGCGGUCAAAUCAAUGCCAGCCUAACUGCUCCAAAUGCUUCAAUUCAAGCGGCUCUAGGACCGGCAUCUUCUCAGCCAAGCUCUGCACCUGCAACAGUAAGCGGCACGCAGAACAAAGAAGACAGCAAGAAGGAGGAGAAGAAGGAAGAAAAGAGAGGACCAGGCUGA